AUGGCAAGUCGUUGCAGCUGCUGCGGCAGCGACGCGGACGACCUCCUGCGCUGCAGCCAGUGUCUCCGAGUGUACUACUGCAGCCGCGCGUGCCAAGUGACCGACUGGAAGCGAGGCCACAAGGCGGCCUGCCGCAAGCACGAGACAGACGCCAUCGAGUAUCCUCGGCCGUUCGUGCGCAACUUUGCGUCCUUCUCGGACAAGAUCACGCCAGGUAUAUGUGACGAGCUGCUUUCGAACGGGUUCGUUGUCGUCGACAACUUUCUCGGACGCGACUGGGCCGACGCGAUCCUCUCCGAAGUCAAAUGGCUGCAAGAGCGCAAGCUCCUCUCGCCCAACAAGACGCAGUUUCCGCGCGCCGACGGCUCGGUCGCCCAAUUUGCCAAGCCCAACAUCUACGAAGCCGACUUGCACAACGCGAGCGUGCGCACGCAAGUGCCCGAGCUUGACGCGCUUUUCCACUCGGACGACCUCUGCCUUGCGUUGGAGGACCAUGCGCAGCUCGGCCUCGUGCCUGGAACGCAAGGCAAGACACUCAAGGUCCAGUUCAACGCUGGCAACGGCGGGUGCUUCCCGUGCCACUACGACAACCCAGGCCGCCCCAAUAAGCGCAAGCUGACCUGCCUUCUGUAUCUCAACCCUGACUGGAAAGACGGCGAUGGUGGCGAGAUCCAGUUCUAUCCGUUCCUGGCGCCCGAGCCGGUGACGCUCGCGCCUCGCAUGGAUCGCCUCGUCAUCUUUUCGUCCGACAGUCUCCUGCAUCGCGUGCUGCCGGCCGCCGAACCCCGUCACUGCCUUACAAUUUGGCUUGACAGCACCGUUGUCAACACGCCACAGGACGCACAGCUCAGUCUGACCGCGUCCGACUUAACGACGGGCUGGGAGGCCUUUGUGCGCAAGCUCGCCAAGUCGCCCGUCCAGCGGCUACUCUCACGGGGCGUGUACGCGGAGGAGUACCUCGAGUCGCUCACGCAGUGCAUGGGCCUCGCCGAAGACGGGUUCAGCGACAUGGUCGCGUCGCACGAAGCCCACUUGGUGCGGCUCGAGGCCAACAAGCCGCUGUACAGUCUUGUCCAGCGGCUACGCGCCGAACGCGGUGUCUUCAACUAG